AUGCGACCAAUGGGUGGUAUUAAUCCAAUGAGCGGGGGAAUAAAUCCAAUGAGUGGGGGAAUGAAUCCAAUGAGCGGGGGAAUGAAUCCAAUGGGAAUGAACCCCAUGAAUCAAAUGUCACAGAUGUUUCCUGGUUUAACAGGGGGAAGUUCCCCAAUGACUGGAAAUGUCCAAAAACAAGGACAAACAGCUUGCUCUCCCGCACCAACUACAUGCCCGGUUCCCCAGCCUUGGUGUGAGCGGAUUGCAGACGGUAAUGGAUGUAUAAAAUGUCUGUGUGGUAAAGAAUUGGUAGCAUACGUACAAGGCCUGAAUGGUCAAACAACACAAUCCGUUCAGAAAACAUUGGUCACAAGCACGUCAACUACGAUUGCACCAAUCAAAUCAACGGUAACAGUUACGCAUGCGCCUAAACCAACCAAUAGAAUUCAGUCUUGCUUGGAGACGUUCUAUUGCACUAAGAUAUGUGAUUAUGGUUACCGCACGGACUCAGACAGUUGUCCGCUGUGUGAAUGUUUAGAUAACACAAUGGUAGAUUUGCCCGUUGAUGCAACUGAUCCUCCUGGAAAGUUCACUUUAACUCCUCCUACAACAAGUAGCGCACCAAUCGUGACUGACCACGUGACCUCUUGUCCGGGAAUUUUCGACUGCGCAAUAAUUUGUAAUAACGGAUACAAAACUGACGCUCUGGGUUGUCCUGUUUGUUCUUGUGAAAAUUGAUAGUUUAAAAUAGAUGCUACUGUAAAUUUA